CUUAAAAAAACAGUCUCGCGGACCUGUCAAUCUAGACGAACCAGACAGACCCUGGCUCGCGGCCCUGCUGUGAGAACCGCUACAUGAUUGGGCGAGAGCAGGAGGCCCUGUGAGACCUGACCGUCUAUUGGCUGCAACAUGUCGAGACACUGACGCGCACUACGUCUCUCUUCUAUUGUUAUUGUGGCGUGCGCGAGAGGAACGGACAGGAUGCACGAGGAGACAGUGGGGCUGAUAAAAGGAUAAAACAACUGAGAAACAUCAAGCUAGCGCAGUAUAACAUUUUAAAAAUAAACAUAUUUUAACAUUAAAGGAAUUCACAAAAACAUUACCCCUGUAAACAGAGCAACACACAGGUCUAAUACAAAGGGGUAUAACACAAAUACCAGCUCUGGUCAACACAUAGCCCACAACACGUAGAGCUAUCCCACUAGGUACAACACUUCAGGCAAUUGUCGGAUAGCUCAGCGAUCUUUCUGUCCAAGUUCUUCUCUCCACUCCGGCUGAUGUGGACUGAUUCAGAGCUGGGCCAUCAUGAUGCCAGUGAACUUUCUGGUCAUUCAUUGGCUGACCAACUCAAUACCAGCAGCAUCAUGUCGGUGAACCCUCCAAGCAGCAAUGACGCCUGCCUCAGCAUCGUCCACAGCCUUAUGUGCCACCGGCAGGGCGGAGAGAAUGAGGGCUUCGCCAAACGUGCCAUCGAGAGUCUGGUGAAGAAGCUGAAGGAGAAGAAGGACGAGCUGGACUCACUCAUCACUGCCAUCACCACCAAUGGUGUCCAUCCCAGCAAGUGUGUCACCAUCCAGAGGACGCUGGACGGACGGCUGCAGGGCAUGGAAGACUUGCUGUGAUAAAUGGAACUAUGAAUUCUGCUGUCUACCAAAAACUC